GUUGGAGGGAGCCCGCGUCACGUGACCGCCUGUCUGCGCUGUGGGCAUUCCUCCUGACCAGCAUCCUUCACUUGAGGACGCCAGGCGGACUGCUCACCUACACCGAUCAUGGGUACACUGAGGGACCUCCAGUUUGCUCUGCAACUAAAAAUCGAGGAGCUCCGCCAGAGAGACACACUCAUAGAUGAGUUGGAGCUUGAACUGGAUACAAAGGAUGAACUCAUUCGAAGGCUACAGGAAGAACUGGACCGUUACAGGACCACUGUUUGCCUCUCAGGACCCUCACCCAGUGCAGCUCCUCAAAUUGAGGGCAUGGAGCGAGCUAAAAAGCACACAGUCAUUUCAGAACCCUUCAGCCCGGACCCCGUGACUCUCGCCAGGAUUUCACACAAAAGCUGUGACAAAAGUCAACAAUCUCAAAGCCUGAUCCAGGCAGGGCUUUUGAAAAACGACCUGUUGAAGAACUUAGACGAAGGAGAAAUGAGAGCUGUCACAUCCUGCACAUAUCGCUGCUCCAUCAAUCAAAACUGCACUCUCAUACAGGAGGGGAGCGCUGGGGAGCAGGCUUUUAUUUUAGAAGAAGGAAGAUUGAGCGUGACUCAAGACGGGUGCAAGCUGCUGACAAUUGAACCAGGGGAUACGAUUGGCGAGCUGGCACUCCUCUACAACUGCACUUUCCCCUUUUCUGUCUCUGCACAAUCGGACUGUAAGCUGUGGACUAUUGACCGCAAGAGCUUUCAGACUGUGCUGAUGCACUGCAGUCUCAGCCGCCUUUCUCAUUCAGUGGAGCUGCUCAGAAGCCUUCCCCUCCUGCAGUCAUUGCCAGAGGAUGUCAUCAUGAAGAUUUCUGAGCUCAUGAAAGAGACAUAUUAUGCAGAUGGUGAAUAUAUUAUUCACCAAGGAUCUGUGCAAGUCAACCUUUAUGUCAUCAGCAAAGGACAGGUGACUCUGACAGAAAUGAGGGCGGGGCAUGAGGAGCACACAGUCUUGUCUGAGCUCUCUGAGAAGCAGUGGUUUGGAGAAAAAGCGCUCUCGAGAGAAGACUCUUGGACUGUGAGUGCACUUGCUGUUGGUGCUGUGACAUGCUUGGUAAUAGACAGAGAAACCUUCAAAGACAUUACUAAUGGACUGCUAACGGACUGCCAUCAAAAGGAUCAAAGGAGCAUUGAAUCCAAAUUCGAGACAAAUGAGGAUCCUGCUCUCCUAACAUCUUCAACCCUGAGCGAUUUCCAGAUUAUUCGCACUCUGGGAGUAGGGGAGUUUGGGCAUGUUGACUUGGUGCAACUGAACAGCAACAUAAAGCUAAAUUUUGCAAUGAGGGUCCUUAAGAAGAAGCUAAUUCUAAAUGGCGGCCAAAGAGAACACUAUCUGAGAGAGAGCUCCAUUCUCAUGGAGGCCCAGUGUCCAUUCAUAGUCAGGUGUCUGGCAUUCAGCAUUUACCUUAUUUGGACUGUUGUGUUGAAAAGUUCCUUAAAGGUUGUAAUGUAUUUCAUUUCUCACAGAUUUUAUAAAAUCUUCAGAGACCCCGAACAGCUGUACAUUUUGACAGAAGUUUGUCUUGGUGGGAAUUUAUCUUGUUUAGUCAAAGAAAAGGGAUGCUUGGAUGACUGCACAGCCAGGUUUUACACGGGUUGUGUUGUUGAAGCAUUGAUUUAUCUUCAUCGCCAAGGAGUGGUCUAUAGAGACAUCAAGCCUGAACGUGUAGCUCUGAAUGAGCAUGGCUACGCCAAACUGACGGGCUCUAGGUGUCUGAAGAGGCUUGAUGGGGCAAAGAAAACCUGGACGUUCUGUGGUACAUUGGGUUAUAUGGCACCUGAGAUCAUCCUGAGUAAAGGCCACGGUAGACACUCAGACCUGUGGUCACUGGGAGUGUUUGUGUUUGAACUUCUUAGUGGUCGACUUCCUUUUGACAACACAGAGCAGAUUAAGAUUAUCACUGCAACCAUUCAAGGCAUCGAUCACGUUGAAUUUCCAAAGACCAUCUGCAAAGAUGCCAGUGAUCUCAUUAAAAUGCUCUGCAGGAGCAAGCCCUCAGAGAGACUGGGCAGUCAGAGAAAUGGGGUCAAGGACGUUCAGCAGCACAAAUGGUUUGAAGAACUCAACUGGGAUGGAAUUUGCACAAGAACUCUAAAACCUCCAGUUAUUCCAGAAGUUCAGCAUACGUGUGAAAGCGUCUCAUGUGCUCUUUACAACAAGGACUCAGUGGAGCUGUGCACAAACUGGGAGGACUUUUAAUGGAUUUCUAGGAAACUGAAACAAAAAUGUCUUCAUUAUUAAACUGAAUUGUUUUUCUCGCAACCUUAAUGCCAUCAAUAACUCAUUAAAAAAAAGCUGAUAUUUUGGUGUCACCUUCAGAAACUAAGAAAUUCCAUUCAUCUAUUUUCAGAACCCACUGAAUCCCUUUUGGGGUCACGGGGGUGUGGGGGCCUAUCCAACUAAUGUUCAGCAGAGGAAUGACACACCCUGAGCUGGUGGCCAGUCAGUUCCAGGGCCACACAAACACCGUGGGGCAAUUUGGAGACACCAAUUAACACAUUAAGCAUGUUUUGAACUGUGGGGGAAAACCCAAGCGCAAAGAGAAACCCAAACAUGCACAAACAGAACAUGCAAACUCAUUACAGAAGAGUACCAGCUAAGAUUUGAACUGGGGCCUUCUCAUUGUUAGGCAAGUGCACUAACCAGUGUGACACUGUGCAGCCCACUAAGACAUUCACCUGGUAAAUUGAAGUUUUCCUUUGUUGUCGUUUGAAUAAUAUAGGCAGUAAAAACAGCAUGGGAUACUUUUAAGGAUAGUGUGUGUGUUAAAGUUGUAGAAAAUCUAGUCUGUUCCAGAUGCUAAAAGCGCUUUCAAUGUGACCAUUAUUCAUUCACUCUUCAUUCAUACUUUGUGACGGUAGAGGCGUGGCUGCCAGUUCACGGCUCUGACCUUCACCAUCACGCACAUUCAGGCAGUAGCGUUAAGGGUCUUGCCCAAGGGCCCACACUGGGUGGUGUUCAAUUCCCCCCAGGAAUCAAACCCUGCUUUCCUGCAUGUCAGUCCUUCAUCUUACCAACCGAGCUACCCAGCUGUCAAAAGAUAUAUGUCAAUGAACCAAACUACACACAGAAUUAUAGGUGGAUCUGUUUUUGGAAAACUAUUUCAUGUUGCCAAUAAAAUUGGACUCUAUUAAUACAAUUAUAAUUAAUAAUAAUAAAAAAUAGUAAUAUUUUGUUUUGUUAAAGUGUGACAUACAUAUCCGAAAGAUGUGCGUUUUUUUUUUAUUUAAUUGAAUCCAUCUUAUUGCUUUUUCAACCAAUUAUUAGAUUAAAUCUUUGUGUGUGUUGGUAAUUAUAACUGAACUAUUUUGUUUAUCCUACUUUAAAAUAAAGAAUUGAAAGAAAAGAAAUACUUGUUAACAAUUCAAGGAGAAAGUCUGAUGACAUCCCUGCUUUCCAGCUCAAUGAAAAGAUCGAAUUCCUUUGGUUUCCUCUUAAAACCGCGUUUUCCCGUAAAGUCUGUAUUUUGAGGGUGGUUGGUCCCGGGUUUGACUUGGGUGACGUCAGCGCCAGCGAAGGCUGUAUUUUAAAAAGUGAAGCGCCGGGGGGAAAACACGACAAAGCAGGAGCAAGAAGUUUUGCACCGAUCCUACCAAAAUAAGAAAUCAGAAACGAAUUCAAACACAACAGAGCAAAACCUCCAGGUGAUGAUCAUAAUUGUAAUUUCUUCUUUAUGGUAGAAUAUUCUAUCUAAGGUAAAUUCAAUUACAGAUUAGUAUAAACUUUGCACCUCAGUUGAGAUAAUGUAUUUUUCGAAGAGUAUGGGUUUUGCCUCCAAAAAUCUGGAAUAUUUGUUUCAAAUAGGGGCAAAUAUGAAGAUAAUAAAUUAUUUAAAACAUUA